ACGAGUAUAUUAUUAUAAUAUGUAUUUAUAACUGUUAUAUACUAUAAAAAAAUUAGCAUAAUGUAAAAUAUCAUAAAGUAGGUAAUGAUUUUUUAUUAAGGGAGCAAAGUUUGUCCUUGUUAUGAAUCAUUUACAAACUAAAUUUGAUGUAUAGCUUAUAUCAAGGUGUGUUAUAUAAUAUGGCAGAAAAAAUCAAUACACCACAGUCUACUCUUUAGUAUUAGGAGCAGAAGAAGGUGUUAUUUAUUUGGACCUUAAUACAUCUAAUUUACAAUAUUUCUAAAUGGCUGCAUUUUCAUUAAAUAUUCAAAAACGUAUAGAAUCAGGUCUCGUAGCUAGUGGAAAAUUUGAUGGUUCUCAUGCUUGUUUAACAGCUGUAACCUCUGGAGGAAAUAUUUUAAUACACAGUCCUCAUAGGCAACCUCAAAUUAAGAACAAUGAUUCUGAACAACCAGAUGGAAGAUUAUCUUGGAGUGGGGAACUUGCUGAAUUGCAAAUUGAUAGUCAGGUAACAGCAAUAUGCACUGGGCAUCUUGGGGAAGAUGAAAGAGAUAUUCUUUUAAUAGGAACUUCUACGCACAUUCUCGCUUAUCACGUAGAGGAUAAUGCUGAUAUUUUUUAUAAAGAGAUGACAGAUGGUGCACUGUAUAUAACGAUAGGAAAACUUGGAUGGUUAUCGGAUCAAGUAGCAGUCAUUGGUGGUAAUAGCUCGAUAACCGUCUUAGAUUCCAAGGGAACCGAAAUUUUUUGGACAGUGAUGGGUGACAUAGUUACUUCCAUUGCAAUAUUUGAUUUUGAAGGUGAUCACGAGAAUGAGUUGCUUAUUGGGACAAAAGAUUUUGAAAUAAAAUUAUUGAAAGAAGAUGCAAUAGUGUGGGAUACAAAAGAAACGGCAUCGGUAACUGCAUUGGCAGGACUUUCUAAUAAACAAUUUGCAUAUGCAGUGGGAAAUGGAACAAUAGGUGUUUAUGAAGCUGGUCAAAGGCUUUGGCGAGUUAAAUCUAAACACAGAGCAGUGUCUAUACGAAAUUUUGAUAUAAAUGGAGAUGGUGUGUUAGAGCUCAUCACUGGAUGGAGUAGCGGGAAAGUUGAUGCAAGAUCGUGUAACACCGGAGAUGUCAUAUUUAAAAUACAAUUGUCUACUGGCGUGGCUGGCAUUGUAGAGGCUGAUUAUAGAAGACAAGGUAGACCAGAUUUAGUUGCCGUAUCUAUUUCUGGAGAAGUGCGUGGAUAUGCGCCUGGAACUGCAAUGGAUGCUCCAGAGCCUGGUGAAAUAAUGCGUGAAUUAUUGUCUAAGAAACAAGCGUUACAAAUGGAACUUCGACAAAGAGCUGCAUCGGUUCCAAAUAUGUAUCAUCAUACAAAGCUAGCAGUUAGUUUAAUAUCAGCUAGAGGUGCAGCCCGUCUUGGUAUUGCAGCCGGACCAGGUCUUUUGGUUUAUUGUGCCAUAGUAUUUGCAGAAGGUGUAUUCGAGGGUGAAACACUUGUGGCUCAUCCAAAUAGGCCGCAAGGUGAAUUAGAAAUUGAAUUACGUCCUCCAAAAAAUGGGCCCAUCGAUAUUCAUGUAAAAAUUAGUGUUGGUCCACCUGGUGCAGAUUUAUUACAGGUUUUCGAAAUGACAAGACAAUUACCCAGAUUUUGUAUGUAUGAAAUUAUUUCACAUCCAGAGGAAGCUUCCCAAACGGUAAUAGAUGGCGGUAUUACUAUAGAGGUUGCUGAGAGAGCACAGCGUAUUGCAUUAUGGUUGAAUCAAAGUCUUCUGCUUGCAGAGGAGUUUGAAGUCGCGGAAGAAGGGCCAAACGCUGCCUCGAUCGAACUUUGGCUUCGUGGAUUAAGAGAUAACAAAGUCCAUUGCUUUACAGCGAGUCCUUCUGGAAAAAUAACAGUACAGACGGAAGACUCGACGUUUGCUGGUGAUAUAGUUCAAUCUUUGGCAAUGUAUUUGGGUCUUAGAGAGCUUAAUUCUGAAUCAAAAUUUCCAAACGAAGAAAGUAAAAUGCUAGAAGCUUUAGAACGCGUCAAAGGUUAUAUCUCAUUAUUUAACAUAUUUUUUAAUAAUUCAUGUUACACGUAUCGAGGUCAUCGGAAGUUAAUCAAAGGGUUAAAAGAUGUCGAUGCGAAACUUCAAGCGGAAGCUGCUAGUACUGCUCUUCUUCUUAAAAAUGUUGUUAUUCGCUUAGAAGAUGCACGAAUAUUGCAAAAUGUAGAAGAAAUGAGAAAGCGAUUAUUACAAUUGAAAGCUAUAAACAGUGACCUAAUUAGAAAUCAUGAAAUCAGAAUGAACAGUAAUCGAGAUCUUUCAAUAAAUUUGAAAGAAUUGAAUAUCGGUGUCCAACGAGUCGCAAAAUUAAGAGGUAUUUAA